GGUACCAUUGGUGCAUGGCCUUAAAGUUAAGAUGUUCCCUAUUCGAGUCUGGGCAUCAGAGAUGAGGUAUUCAGGCUGCUCUUCUUAGUCAAAGAGAAUAUCUAGGUUGAGUUCCAUUGUGCUAUUUUUGUGCUAAAUGUGUUAAAACUAAGGAAUUAACUAUGUGUAUGUGAGACGGGGUGAAGAGAUGCUCUGUCACCACAUGGCAGCUGGCUGACCUUGGCCAUGCUUGGAGUCGCAGAAGCCAGACAUCACCUAGGCUUUGUUACAGGACAAAGACUUUCGCACUUGCCACAGCUGAGUAUUCAAAGCUAAACAAUACCGGUUUCUUUUUUUUGCGAGGCAUUUCCUUCAGCAAAGUAUUGUUUUUCAUGCAUUCACAUGUGGCGAGAUAUGAAAAAAUAUUACUUGUCAUUAAAAUUAAAAGUCUUCCUUAUGUUGUGUACACAUGUAUCAAAUGUAUACUGGGUGAUAAUACUUUUAUUUGAAAGCAUCACUCUAUAUAUGCUAUUCUAUAUAGAUGCUAUAUUUAAUGAACAUGAAGUAGGGUCAACUUCAUAUUACUGUUUCCUUGUAUGAGCCAAAAGGGGUGACAAUAAUUGUGGACCUACUCUGUCACUUAGGUCACCAUGAAAAUAUGAAGAAAUGCACAAAACCAUAAGAGACAACAGCCAAUUGACCCCUUUCUUGUUCAUUCUAAAUAUUAUUGCUGUUACAGUUUUUUUAAAAGCAUCGUGUGUUUUGGCAACAAUAAAUGUACACUGCACCUUUAACCCUACUGAAUAAACCAACUGCCCCCCACCUUUUUAACCAGACUUAGGGGUGCAUCAGCUUGCUAUUUCUGAUCCAAGCCUUUUAAGAGAGCUGCUAGUUGUAUAUAAGACAGAGGGUUGCCGCUUCUCAUUUUAUCAUCAGCAGGCUAACAACAACUACUGCAAGGAAAAUUAAAAAGAGCCAUGGGGGAUGCUUUAAUGGCGGAGUUUGGGGCGGCGGCUCCGUAUCUGAGGAAGUCCGAUUUGGAGCGCCUUGAAGCCCAGACUCGCCCCUUUGACAUCAAGAGGGCCUGUUUUGUGGCGGAUCCGGAAGUAGAAUAUGUGAAAGGCACCAUCCAAAGUAGAGACGGGGACAAAGUUACUGUUGAAACUGAGCAUGGGAAGACUGUUGUUGCAAAAGAGGCAGAUGUACACCCACAGAACCCGCCUAAGUUCGAUAAAAUUGAGGACAUGGCGAUGUUCACCUUCCUGCACGAGCCUGCUGUGCUGUUUAACCUCAAAGAGCGUUAUGCAGCCUGGAUGAUCUACACCUACUCUGGGCUGUUCUGUGUCACUGUCAAUCCCUACAAGUGGCUCCCAGUGUACAACCAGGAAGUUGUUGUUGCCUACCGAGGCAAGAAGAGGACUGAAGCUCCUCCACACAUCUUCUCAAUCUCUGACAAUGCUUACCAAUACAUGCUGUCAGACAGAGAAAAUCAGUCCAUGCUCAUCACUGGAGAAUCUGGUGCUGGGAAGACUGUGAACACCAAGAGAGUAAUCCAGUAUUUUGCCAGUAUCGCAGCUGGAGGUGGCAAAAAGGAGAAGGACCCAAAUAAAAAAGAGGGAACACUGGAGGAUCAAAUCAUCCAGUGUAACCCUGCUCUGGAGGCCUUUGGCAACGCAAAGACCAUCAGGAAUGACAACUCAUCCAGAUUUGGCAAAUUCAUCAGAAUCCACUUCCAUGCGAGUGGCAAACUAGCCUCUGCUGAUAUUGAAACAUAUCUUCUGGAGAAGUCUCGGGUGACUUUCCAGCUCAAGGCUGAGAGAGAUUACCACAUCUUCUACCAGAUCCUCUCUCAGAGGAAACCAGAGCUGCUGGAGAUGAUGCUGAUCACAAACAACCCCUAUGAUUAUGCCUUCAUCUCCCAAGGAGAGAUUCAAGUAACAUCUAUUGAUGAUGGGGAUGAACUGCAAGCAACUGAUGAUGCCUUUGAUGUGCUGGGCUUCACUCAAGAGGAGAAGAACAGCAUUUACAAGAUGGUCGGUGCCAUCAUGCACUAUGGCAACAUGAAGUUCAAGCAGAAACAGAGAGAGGAGCAGGCAGAGGCUGAUGGAACAGAGGAUGCUGACAAAGUCUCCUACCUCAUGGGCCUGAACUCUGCUGACCUCAUCAAGGCGUUGUGUCACCCGAGGGUCAAAGUAGGAAAUGAGUGGGUCACCAAGGGACAAAAUGUCCAACAGGUGUACUACUCUAUUGGUGCCCUGUCUAAGUCAGUCUAUGAAAAGAUGUUCUUGUGGAUGGUGGUGAGAAUCAACCAGUCGUUGGACACCAAACAACCUCGUCAGUACUUUAUUGGUGUGCUGGAUAUUGCUGGAUUUGAGAUCUUUGAUUUCAACACCUUUGAGCAAAUGUGCAUCAACUUCACUAAUGAGAAGCUGCAGCAGUUCUUCAACCACCACAUGUUUGUGUUGGAGCAAGAGGAGUAUAAGAAGGAAGGAAUUCAGUGGGAGUUCAUAGAUUUUGGCAUGGACUUACAAGCCUGUAUUGAUCUAAUUGAAAAGCCCAUGGGAAUCAUGUCCAUCCUUGAAGAGGAGUGCAUGUUCCCCAAGGCCAGUGAUGCCACAUUUAAAGCCAAGCUCUAUGACAACCACUUGGGGAAAUCAAACAACUUCCAGAAGCCAAGAAUUGUCAAGGGGAAACCAGAGGCUCAUUUCUCCCUGGUUCACUAUGCUGGCACUGUUGACUACAACAUUGGCAACUGGCUAGUGAAAAACAAGGACCCCCUCAAUGAGACUGUUGUGGGUCUGUACCAAAAGUCCACAAUGAAGAUGCUGUCAAUCCUCUUUGCUGGAUAUGCUAGUGCUGAUUCUGAGGGUGGUGGUGGUGGUGGAAAGGGUGGCAAGGAUGGUGGUAAGAAAAAGAAAGGAUCUUCCUUCCAAACAGUAUCUGCUCUCCACAGGGAGAACCUGAACAAGCUGAUGACCAACCUGAGGUCAACUCACCCCCACUUUGUGCGCUGCAUCAUCCCCAACGAGACCAAGACUCCUGGGGCAAUGGAUAAUUCAUUGGUCAUGCACCAGCUGCGCUGUAACGGUGUGCUGGAAGGCAUCAGAAUCUGCAGAAAGGGCUUCCCCAACAGGAUCCUGUAUGGAGAUUUCAAACAGAGGUAUCGUAUUCUAAAUCCUAAUGCUAUCCCUGAGGGACAGUUCAUUGACAGCAAGAAGGGAGCAGAGAAACUUCUGGGGUCUCUGGAUAUUGACCAUGAGCAAUACAGAUUUGGACACACUAAGGUGUUCUUCAAAGCCGGUCUCCUGGGAACCCUUGAAGAGAUGAGAGAUGAUCGCCUUGCUCUUAUCAUCACUGGUAUUCAAUCAAGAGCCCGCGGUCUUUUGGCAAGAAUUGAAUUCGGGAAGAUUGUAGAGCGCAGAGAUUCCCUACUUAUUAUUCAAUGGAACGUGCGUGCAUUCAUGGGUGUCAAGAAUUGGCCCUGGAUGAAGAUGUACUUCAAGAUCAAGCCCCUGCUGAAAUCAGCUGAAGCUGAGAAGGAGAUGGCCAACAUGAAGGAAGAAUUCAUUAAACUGAAGGAGGCCUAUGCUAAAUCUGAGGCCCGGAGAAAGGAGCUUGAGGAGAAAAUGGUUUCAGUUCUCCAAGAGAAGAAUGACCUACAACUUCAAGUUCAAACAGAACAAGAUAGCCUGUGUGAUGCUGAGGAGCGUUGUGAGGGUUUGAUCAAGAACAAGAUUCAGCUUGAGGCCAAAGCCAAAGAGUUGACUGAGAGACUUGAAGAUGAGGAGGAGAUGAAUGCAGAGCUGACUGCUAAGAAGAGGAAGUUAGAAGAUGAGUGCUCUGAGCUCAAGAAAGACAUUGAUGACUUAGAACUUACUCUGGCUAAAGUGGAAAAGGAGAAACAUGCCACUGAAAACAAGGUUAAAAACCUGACUGAGGAGAUGUCAGCUCUUGAUGAAAUCAUUGUCAAGCUGACCAAGGAGAAGAAAGCUCUUCAAGAGGCUCACCAGCAAACGCUGGAUGACCUUCAGAGUGAGGAAGACAAGGUCAACACUCUGACCAAGGCCAAAGUGAAGUUGGAGCAGCAAGUUGACGAUCUUGAAGGAUCCCUGGAACAGGAGAAGAAACUAAGAAUGGAUCUGGAGAGAGCAAAGAGAAAGCUUGAGGGUGACUUAAAGUUGACCCAGGAGAGUGUCAUGGACCUAGAGAAUGACAAACAACAGUUGGAGGAAAGACUGAAAAAGAAAGACUUUGAAGUUAGUCAACUCAAUGGCAAGAUUGAAGAUGAGCAAGCCAUGGCCGCACAGCUCCAAAAGAAACUGAAGGAGCUUCAGGCCCGCAUUGAGGAGCUUGAGGAAGAGCUGGAAGCUGAGCGAGCUGCUCGAGCCAAAGUGGAGAAGCAGCGAGCUGACCUGGCCAGAGAGCUGGAGGAGAUCAGUGAGAGACUGGAGGAGGCCGGAGGUGCCACUACAGCCCAGAUUGAGAUGAACAAGAAGAGGGAGGCUGAGUUCCAAAAGCUGCGCAGAGACCUCGAAGAGUCCACUCUGCAACAUGAGGCUACCUCUGCCACACUGAGGAAGAAGCACGCAGAUAGCGUAGCUGACCUUGGUGAGCAGAUUGAUAACCUUCAGAGAGUGAAACAGAAGCUUGAGAAGGAGAAAAGUGAGCUCCGAUUGGAGCUGGAUGAUGUCGUGUCCAACAUGGAACACAUUUCUAAAGCGAAGGCAAAUCUGGAGAAAAUGUGCAGGACCCUGGAGGAUCAGAUGAGUGAAUAUAGGACGAAGUUUGAAGAAGGCCAACGACUCAUCAAUGACUUUUCAAUGCAGAGAUCUAAGCUGCAAACUGAAAAUGGGGAGCUUUCACGGCAACUAGAAGAGAAGGAGUCGCUUGUUUCUCAACUAACUAGAGGCAAACAAUCAUACACUCAACAGAUCGAAGAUCUUAAAAGACAGCUGGAGGAAGAAGUCAAGGCUAAGAAUGCCCUAGCCCAUGCAGUGCAGUCUUCCCGUCAUGACUGUGACCUCCUGAGAGAGCAGUAUGAGGAAGAGCAGGAGGCCAAGGCUGAGCUGCAGCGCAGUUUGUCCAAGGCCAACUCUGAGGUGGCUCAGUGGAGGACCAAGUAUGAGACUGAUGCCAUCCAGAGGACUGAGGAGUUAGAAGAUGCCAAGAAAAAGCUUGCUAUUCGCCUACAAGAUGCAGAAGAGGCUGUGGAAGCUGUCAAUGCCAAAUGUUCUUCCCUGGAGAAAACUAAGCAUAGACUGCAGAAUGAGAUUGAAGAUCUCAUGGUCGAUGUGGAAAGAUCCAAUGCUGCUGCAGCUGCCCUGGACAAGAAGCAAAGAAACUUUGACAAGGUCCUGGCUGAGUGGAAGCAGAAAUAUGAGGAGUCACAGACUGAGUUGGAGGGCUCCCAGAAAGAGGCCAGAUCUCUUGGCACUGAGCUCUUUAAACUGAAGAAUUCAUUUGAAGAAUCUCUGGACCACCUGGAGACCAUGAGGAGGGAGAAUAAAAACCUACAAGAGGAAAUUUCUGAUCUUACUGAGCAACUCGGUGAGAGUGGAAAACAUAUUCAUGAACUUGAAAAGGCCAGAAAGACACUUGAACAAGAAAAGGCUGAGAUCCAGACCGCUCUAGAGGAAGCAGAGGGCACUCUUGAGCAUGAAGAAGGUAAAAUUCUGAGAGCUCAGCUGGAGUUCAACCAGAUGAAAGCUGAAAGUGAACGUAAAAUUGCCGAGAAGGAUGAGGAGAUGGAGCAGGCAAAGAGGAACCAGCAGCGAAUGGUGGACACCCUGCAGAGCUCCCUGGAGUCCGAGACCCGCAGCAGGAAUGAAGCUCUCAGGAUUAAGAAGAAGAUGGAGGGAGACCUCAAUGAGAUGGAGGUCCAACUUAGCCAAGCCAACAGGCAAGCAUCGGAGGCCCAGAAGCAGCUCAAGAGUCUCCAUGGCCAUCUGAAGGAUUCCCAACUGCACCUGGAUGAGUCUCUUCGUGCUAAUGAUGAUCUCAAAGAGAACAUUGCCAUUGUGGAGAGACGCAACAAUCUGUUGCAGGCUGAACUGGAUGAGCUGAGGUCUGUGGUCGAGCAGACCGAGAGAGGCCGGAAACUGGCUGAACAGGAGCUGCUGGAUGUCAGCGAGAGAGUGCAGCUGCUCCACUCUCAGAACACAAGCUUGCUAAAUCAGAAGAAGAAGCUGGAGGGUGAUACAUCCCAACUUCAGAAUGAGGUGGAGGAGGCUGUUCAAGAGUGCAGAAAUGCUGAGGGGAAAGCCAAGAAGGCUAUCACUGAUGCUGCUAUGAUGGCAGAGGAGCUGAAGAAGGAGCAGGACACCAGUGCUCACCUGGAGCGCAUGAAGAAGAACAUGGAGCAAACCAUCAAGGACCUGCAGCACCGCCUGGAUGAAGCUGAGCAAAUCGCCAUGAAGGGUGGCAAGAAGCAAAUUCAGAAGUUGGAAGCAAGGGUGAAGGAGCUGGAAAACGAGCUGGAGAUGGAGCAGCGUAAGGCCAGUGACUCAAUCAAAGGAAUCCGUAAAUAUGAGCGUCGCAUCAAGGAGCUCACCUACCAGACUGAAGAGGACAAGAAGAAUCUGCAUCGUCUUCAGGAUCUAGUUGACAAGCUGCAGCUGAAGGUCAAAUCCUACAAGAGAGCAGCAGAGGAGGCUGAGGAGCAGGCCAACGGCAAUUUGACCAAGUUCCGCAAGUUGCAGCAUGAGCUGGAUGAGGCUGAGGAGAGAGCUGACAUAGCUGAGUCUCAGGUCAACAAGAUGAGAGCCAAGAGCCGUGAUGCAAGCAGCAGGAAAAAUGAAGAGUGAAGCUCUGUCGUGGACCUUUCUACAUCCCUACAAUAAAAAUGAUGAGGCUUGUAGUAAUUUACACCUGCAGGACAUGGGGAUAUCCUCUAUAUUUCACUUUCUAUCAAAGGGACCCAAAGGAGAAAUGAACUGGCAUUAUUAUGCGGAACAUUAGAAAGACAAAUAUUAACAUUUUAAAUGUUAAGAUUAAAAUGAAGCAGACAGACCUACAGUACAUCAUGAAAACAAUCAGUGAUCCGAAAACUGUUGUAUUAGUAUAUUUAUAAGUUCUCUGUUACAUUUCUCCAAAGGGUGUCCGCAUUGAUAUUAAAUGUCUUUUUUUUUCGUAGAAGUAUGGAACGGCAUUCUCAUGUCAAGAAACUUGUCUUUGAGGAUGUUCUUUCAAUGUGUGUUCUGUAACAGUAGAUUGAAUAAAUUGCAAGUCAACAAAAUCCA